AUGCCCCUGGUGGAUUAUCCAGAUUCAGGCUCCGAUGAUGAUGGUGGUGGUGUUGAUAGCAACUCUGUGCCCGCUGCCCAGUCGGCCCAAGCCCUGAAGCGCAAGCACAGCCACUCUGCAAACGCCAUUGCUGCCCUGCCACCGCUCCCAUCUGCAUUCCACGACCUGUACGCGUCCAACGCGCGCAUCAGCACUAGCGAUAAUCCAAGCCUACACGGCGGCCGCAAACGGGCUGUACCUCACGUCGAGGGCAAUUGGCCCAGUCAUGUUUAUUUAGAGUGGAUACCUACACAGACUGAAUCUGAUUCUCUACACCGUCUAAUUCAGCACGUGAGAGAUUCACUUGAGCUCCAAAACGCAAAGCGUCUGAAGAAACUACCUAUACCAGACAUUGUAUCGUCUUUGCAGUCGGAGCUAGGCGCACCACUACCUCUCCAUGUAUCACUCUCGCGCACACUGCAAAUCAAGGCCGAAGACAGAGAAACAUUUCUAGAAACGCUAAGGUUGUCACUGCGACGAUCAACAGUAUGCAGCUUUGUUUUUGAGUUUCGGAACCUAAAAUGGGUGCCCAACUUUGAUCGUAACAGAUGGUUCCUGGUUCUUAGCAUCAAAAGGCCAGUCAACGACGAGCUCAACCAUUUGCUGCAUGCAUGUAACGAGGCUGCCCGUUCCAGUGGCCAUCCAGGUUUGUAUACCGGCACUGAGGGAGACGGUCCGAUGGAAGACCACGACUCAAAUGACAGUCUGAAAAGGAGAAAAGUCGACAAGAAUGAGCGUCGUCGCAUGGACUUCUCCAAAUACUUCCACGUCACUAUAGCUUGGAAUUUGGAGGAGCCCGACACCGAAUGGACGGGAUUGGUUGAACAGCUCGACACGACCACGUUCAUCCAGUCACCAGAGGCUGAAUUCGAUACCGUCAAGGUCAGAAUCGGAAGCGCAGUCCAUAACAUUGCCCUCUCUACCAGGAGGCUCCGUCUUAGCAAAGGUGUAGGCUUAGGCUUGGGAUGA